AUGAUUUUUAAACCCAUGGAUAAAAAUAUUAAGCUGUCUGGUAAAGAUAUUUUAAAUGAAGACAUGAUUUCUACAUCUCAUUUCCAUUUUUCUGUACCAGGUCUUUUAAGAAUACUAGUAUCUGCUAUUUUAACGGUUUUAUUUGUAUUAUCUUCAUUUUACGUAUUUGAGAAAUGUUUAUCUCCCCUGAUUAUAAGUAGACAUCACGAAACAAAUUUAUUUUUCGGAUAUAAACUAAUUCUUUCUUUUUUUGUUUACUGUUCAGUUUAUAUGUCAAUAGAUUUAAUUAUUUUAGUUUAUAAUAGAUGUAUAUUCACUAGCAGCUAUAGAAAGAAUAUAUCAUCAUUGGUUAUUUAUUAA